AGGCAAGCCACUGGCCAGACCUGCGGAGCGGGGGAUCUGCUGCGUGGCACGGCACCCUGCUCGAGGGGCUUCUGCUAAGCCAUCCGGCGUCCCUCUGGAGCGGAAGACCGGCGCUUGGCUAGCUCCCCUGCCUCCUACACCCAGGCCAGCCGGCCGGCCCACUCGCUGGCCCCUCGUCAGCAGCUCAGAAAGAUGAAGCAACUCGUGGCCGUUCUGCUGAGUGUGCUCAUGUUUCCAAAAGGCCAUCAGUGUGAUGACAAUGGCUGCGACACUUCGCUGAAACGGGACAUCCUCAAGCUGAUGGCCAAAUGGGAGAAUGCCACCUGCCUCUUGAACCUGCAAGGCCCGCCACCGCACCUCAGCCAGACUCUGCCUCGAAGCUGCAAGGAAAUUAAAGCAGCACUGGAAGGAGCCACAGAUGGACUGUACUACUUGGCCACAGAAGAAGGGGAGGUCUACCAGACGUUCUGUGACAUGACCACCAGUGGGGGUGGCUGGACCCUGGUGGCCAGCGUCCACGAGAACAACAUUUAUGGGAAAUGCACCCAGGGAGACCGCUGGUCCAGCCAACAGGGCAACAGCAACAACUACCCCGGUGGAGAAGGCAGCUGGUCCAACACAGUCACCUUUGGCUCAGCGGUGGCUGCAACAAGCGAUGACUACAAGAAUCCUGGCUACUAUGACCUUGAAGCUCGGAAUCUGGCUAUAUGGCACGUCCCCAAUGGCACCCCUUUGAAGAAAUGGAUGUCUGCGGCCUUCCUGAGAUAUCACACCGAAACUGGAUUCUUAGCUAACGAAGGAGGCAAUCUUCUCCAGCUGUUCCAACGAUAUCCAGUGAAGUUUGGCGGGGGCAGCUGUCCAACUGACAAUGGCCCAGCAGUACCGGUCGUCUAUGAUGCAGGCAACGCCGAGCAGACGUCUUCCUUGUACUCUCCGAAUGCACGAAGUGGUAUUGAACCUGGCUUCAUCCAGUUUCGGGUGUUUAAUAAUGAGAAAGCUGCCAUGGCUCUGUGCGCUGGGGUAAAAGUCACAAAGGGAUGUGACACAGAACAUACCUGUGUUGGUGGAGGAGGUUAUUUCCCCGAAGGAAAUCCGCGGCAGUGUGGGGACUACACUAGCUUCGACUGGAGCGGCUACGGUGCACACACCGGCUGGAGUGUUUCCACACAGUUACUGGAGUCUGCAAUGCUGCUCUUUUACCUCUGAAUCUUGAAAGGAUUAACAUCUGGAAUAAUUUUCCUUCCUGAAUUAGCAGCUCACAAAGCAAAUGAAAGAAUGCAUUGAUC